AUGGCGCUGGACCCUUCCCCGUACCCCGCCACCCCCACAAACCACCGCUGGGGACUAAACCCCCUCCACCACCCACCCGAUUACGAUGUCGUAUCCGCCAACAAAGCCAUAACAUCCUGCUGGCGAGCCGGCGACCUCGAUGGCGCCCGCCACCUGUUCGACUCCAUGCCCGUCCGCACCGCCGCCUCCUGGAACACCAUCAUCACCGGAUACUCCAAAUCCGACAUGCUCCAACAAGCCCUGACCCUCUUCUCCACCAUGCUUCGUUCGAACGUCAGCCCCAACGAGACCACUUUUUCGCUUUCUCUGAGCGUCUGCGGGCGCGUGGGCUCCCUAUCUGGCGGGAGACAGGUCCACGGCCUAGUUGUAAAAUCCGGACACGUGAAAUUCAAGCACGUGGGAAGCUCACUGCUGCAUGCGUACGCGAGUUGUUCGCGAAUUUGGGACGCGCGUGUGGUGUUUGAUGAAUUAAUUGAGGAUAACGAGCUGUUGUGGAGUCCAAUGCUGGCGGGUUUUGUGGAUUGUGGUCUAAUGGGUCAGGCAUGUAACGUGUUUGAUAAAAUGCCUAAACGUGGCGUGGUGGAGUGGACCACGUUAAUUUCGGGCUAUGCGAAGAGCGACAAUGGGUUCGAGAAAGCGUUGGAGCUUUUCAACAUGAUGAGGGAGAGCAUGAUCCACGACGGCCCGAAUGAGUUCACUUUGGAUUGUUUGGUCAGGGGUUGUUCGGAGUCAGGUGACUUGUCGACCGGGAGAGCUCUUCACGGGCUUGUGGUCAAGUCUGGGCUUGAGCGCGAGCACUCUGUUUGUGGUGCCUUGGUUUGUUUGUACAGUAGGUAUGAGUCCAUGGAUGAAGCCCAAACAGUUUGCAACAGCGUGUCGGGCCUGGCCUUGGGCAACAUGAAUGAGUUGAUUGGGGGUUUUGUGAAUUUAGGAAAGAUUGAGAAAGCCGAGUCGAUUUUUUUUGGCAUGCCCAAGAAAAAUCCCGUUACCUACAAUAUAAUGAUCAAAGGGUAUGCAUCGUGCAGCAGGUUUGAGGACGCAGAAAGGUUGUUCAUGCAAAUGCCCGUCAAGACCCUGAGUUCCCUAAAUACUAUGAUCAUGGCAUAUGCCAAGAAUGGGGAACUCAAGAAGGCCGUGUACCUUUUUGAUAAGGCAAAAAACGAGAAGAGCCCAAUCACUUGGAACUCAAUAAUUACGGGACACAUUCUAAACGAUGGCCACGAGGAUGCUUUCAGACUGUAUCUUGCCAUGUGUAGGUCAUCCAUACCUCGGACGAGAUCGACCUUUUCAAUUUUAUUCCAUUCUUGCGCUUGCACGGGGUCCCUACAACAGGGCCGGCUACUGCACGCCCAUCUAUCAAAAACCCCAUUUUCCUCAAACGUCUUCGUGGGCACGUCCCUCAUCGACAUGUACUCUAAAUGCGGGAGCAUGAGUGACGCACACACCGCAUUCACGUCCAUAUCGUCCCCCAACGUGGCGGCCUGGACGGCCCUCAUUAACGGGCUCGCACACCACAGGCCCAGCCCGGAAGUCCUCUUGCUCUUCAGACUCAUGAUGGAGAGUGGGGUGGCCCCGAAUGCAGCGACAUUCGUAGCCGUGCUGUCUGCGUGUGCGCGUUCGGGCUCGGUGGGCCCAGGGCUGAGGCUGUUCCGCUCGAUGACAGAGGAUCACGGGAUCAAGCCUGCUCUGGAGCACCUGACGUGCGUGGUGGAUCUUCUGGGGCGGGCAGGGCUCCUGCACGAAGCAGAGGAGCUUGUUGAGAGCACGGAAAUCAAGGCGGAUGGGUAUCUUCUCAUCUCGUUGCUGCAUGCCAGCUGGCACUGGAUGGACAUGGGGCUGGCUGAGCGGGUGGAGAGAAGGAUGGUCGAAAUGGGUCUCAGUCAAAGUGCGUCUGCAUAUGUUAUCGUGUCGAAUAUGUACUCGGGCUUGGGGAAAUGGGAGAAGAAGAAGGCAGUGAGGGAUACAUUGAGAGAUUUGGGUGGGAAGAAGGAUCCUGGGUGGAGUUGGGUGGAUGUGAACAAUAGGACUCAUGUGUUUUCUGUGGACUGUAGAGAAAAUCCGCAGUCUGAUGUGAUCUAUGCAAAUUUGGAGUCCCUCAGUGUGAAUGGAUAUUAUAGUAAUGAUUUUGAUUCUUUUUCUCUUUUCAGUUAA